AUAAAUCCAUCACGAUCGAUACGUAACAAAAAGGAGUUUAAUAUAAAAAGCAAAAGUUAAGUCCACACACUCCACUGCGAUCCCACAAACCCGAGCUCAACUCUCUCUAAUCCCUAACUGCCAAAAUGGAGAACGCAAAAUCCGAUCAAGCUCCGGCGGAAAACUGCUCAGAUCCGGCGCCGUCAAAUUCGAAUUCUGGCGAUGAUCCGUCACCUCCGACUACCGCAGAAAGUUGGGAAGAGAAGCCGGAGAUAGAAGAUCCAGAUAUCAUACGUCAGGCGAAGAGAAGAAAAAACUGUCCAAGUGCUUUAGAUAAAUUCGAUUCCGUCAAUUCAGGUUCUAAUUUUGGAUUUUCCUUCUCGUUCGACUCGAAAUUCUCCGGUUGUUCAACUCCUGAAGUUACCCCCAAAUUCGGAUCGUUUAAUCGGGUAAAACCCGGUUCUACCAAAGAUCCGAAAUCUGAAGAAACCGUACUCGAAGAAGAAGAUGAAGAAAAACCCGAUGUUGUUGUGGAGAAGAAUUCUCUGGGUUUAUUGAGUUCAGUUGAUGGAAUCAAAACUGUAGAUUGACGUAGAUCGGAAAUUACAGAGCGAAUUUACAGAAUUACCAUCUCCACCGGCCGGAGCUUUUCAUCGGAACACCCCCGCCGGCGACUGGAAUUGGUGGGGGUGGGGGAGGGGGAGCACUAAAUGUGGCUAUAUUUGUAAAACACUGAAAACAAAGAGUUUUUUUGUUGUAUUUUUUGCAUCAAUAAUAAUAAUAAUAAUGAGUUUAUGUUUCUAUAUA